CGGGACCUGUUCAGUAUCUUAGCUGUAUACUGUAUAUUCAAAAGGCUACUGAGUAGUCUUCACUUUAUCAUCAAACAUUAAGUUCACAAGUUUUCUCGUUACAACAAUUACUGUUUUUGAAUAGACUGGGUUUUAAAAACAUGUUUUACACAUUUUAACUAUAACUUUUGCACGUAGUUCAACAGAAAGUCCAAUAAGAAGCAAUACACAAUAACAGAAAACAGUAUCAGCUUGAUCGCAUUUGGUUACAAAGGAUUUGGUUAAGCAUUUGUAUAAGUAUCUCUUCAUGAUUCUGAAUAUACAAAAUACUAUGGAUAUGUUGAUAUGGGUUCCAAAGCAACUAAAGGAAUAUUGUAUAUACAUUCUCAUACAUUGGGCUAUUAAGCUGUUUAAGCAGCUCCAUUUAACUUUGACCUAAAAUACAAUAUAAAACUAUAGCAGGCAACUCCAAUAUAAAAUAAAAGGUAUGCCUAUAAUUUGGGCUUACCUCUACUAAAGUAAUUAUACAUGUGGAGGAUACUAUGACACAUAUAGUAAAAUAAUUGAACUAACACUAAUAGAAAUGAAUAAAUAAACAGCUAAAAGAAAUACAUACACGAGCAAAAGCAGUCUAUAGAACAUUUAUAGAGCUCAUGUUGGAAAACCCAAGAGUGUUUGGCACAACACUACAUUCAGAUCAGAAUUUUGACUGUAAAAGCUGCCAGACAGUACAGCAUUAAAAAAUUAAUUGACAAAUAAAUACAUUUGGAGGAUGACUUCAGUAGCAUGUUGUCAUAUAUACCAUAAUUCUAAGUGUUUUAUUUUUAUAUAAGUGGAUAGUGUUUAAUUGACCCAGAUCUCUAGCAGGAUUUUCCAGGGAGACAGUGGGAAACUAAGUAUCUCCACCCAAUGUGAUAUAAAGAACUAACUUUUAAUUUAAGCCCAAAUCAAAUCAUCAUUCAUCAUAUAUUGCAAUAAAUAUACUCUAAGUUACAUGGAAAAAGCACAAGGCUGCUAAACUAUUUUAUUUUGAAGUGUAGAGUUUAAGGUGAUAUAAAUUUAAAAAGGCCUGUCUUAAAAGUUUGAAAAAUUCUUUAAAAAAUGAAACGAAUCCCACAAGUUUAGUUUGAGGUAAAAAGGGGCUCCAAACUGGUUCUUCUAGUUCAGGAGGUCAGAGGUGCAGCUGGUAUGCAAAAACCUGUUCAGUAUUUUAAAUACACUCCUUCCCAUUUCUCCAAUCCUCUGCAUGUCCCACCCUAACGGUACAUGUAACUGCCAUAUUAGGCAUCUCACACCACUUGGCUCAUGCUAUAAAAAAGAUGCGGGAUCAGACUUUUGGUCACCUGAAGUGACCCACAUCCAGAGGGACCAGGAUGAUGCUUUCCUUUGUCUUUGUUUUUGUGCUCGCUGGUUGUGCAUCAGGAGACAUUGAGAAGAGGAUUGUUGGGGGAGUAUCCUGUAAUGAGGACAGGCAGUAUCAUGUCCAGAUAGACUCUGUUCAGGGGGGCAUGACCUGCGGAGGCGCUCUGAUUAACACCCGCUGGGUCAUCACGGCUUCUCAUUGUGCCGAACGGUUGGUCAAAGUGAAGAUUGGCUUAAACAACAAAGUACCAUUAUUGAAAAAAAUUAAAGGUUUUUUUAAGAAGCUUUUUAAAGGAUCCCCCAAAAAUCUUGAGCAGAACAUUGAUCCUAAACAACAGUUUACCUUCAAAGACGGUGAUCAACCCCAUGAUAUUAUGCUGAUAAAACUGAAUGAGGAUGUGAAUCCUAAACUUCCCACUAUCAGGCUUCCUCCUGCUGAAGGGUGUCAAAAACCAAAUAUGAAUGAUCCUGUUCAGAUUGGAGGAUGGGGUUUCAAGACAGCUGAUGUGAAAAAGACCAGCAACCCCAAGAAUUUAAAGUGCGCUAUGACUGAGAUAGUUCAGUGUGGAGAGAAUGAUAAACCUGAUAGUAAAUACUUUAGUGAUGAGUCUACCACCAUGUGUGCUCAUAAACCUGGCGUGGAGUCCUGUUUUGGUGAUGCUGGUACAGCUGUGGAGUACAACAGCAUUUUACAUGGAAUAAUUGUCAGUGACCCUGUUGAUAAGUGUGCAAAUCCUGUUGUAAUGCUGAAUAUUUGUCACUACAGACAGUGGAUUGCUGAAACCAUGCUGAACAAUCCAUGAGUAAACCACAGAGGAAAUACGUUUCCCUUAAAAAUGUCAUUUCUCAUUUUUCCUAAUUUAUUCUGAGAGUUUAAAAAUAAACUG